AUGGAUCAUCAACACAGCACAGAUGAUAUAAAAGGCAUUAAUGAAAUAAUUGUAAAUACGGUAUCUGAGACCAAAACAGACGACACAUUCGCAAUGGGAGAUUUGGAAAAAGACAAGGAGGAUAGCGUUUCUAGCUUACCAUUUUCUCAAUACAAGGAUACUGUUAAUAACCAAGACAGUCAAACUGAUAUGGAAUCAAAUGAUACCAAAUCUGAUAUAAAGAACAAUCCUGGUUUGUUAAAAUCCGAGCCAAAGGAAACUUUAAGUGAAGGAGAUCAUGUAGGGAGCAGGAGAGUAUCCUUUUAUAGUGAUAUAGGAAUGCAAAGACAACCUUACAGUAGGCAAGGUUCACAAAACAUUGAAGCUGCCGGAUUUAUUCAACAGGGACCAUAUUUACACCCACUUUAUGCAGGAAUUCCACUUGCUCCUAAUUACAGAAGGAUAUCUCUGUUGCCAUUUUCAUGUAAUGGCGAGUUACCAACCAGCAGAAAAACAUCAGCGGAUGCAUUCUACUACCCACAAGCUCAUUACUUGCCAAGACCGUCACAGCAUGGAAGAGUGUCUGUGUUCUCAAUUGGGAAUUCCUCAGAUACAGGUACCAUAGGUUCCGACGGGGAAGAAAGGAUUCCGCAUUUAGACCACUACAGAGCGAGCGUGUUUGACAACCAAAGGCCAACCUUAUAUCAACUCCGUGAAGAUGAAAUUAGAGCGAAAGAGCCACCAAAAGAAAUGUUUACCGACGAACUGUAUGACGAUACUGAAGCAGGUGAAUUAAAGAAUGCGUCUGUUACAGUCUCCGGUCAUAAGUUUGGAUGGAUUAUUGGCGUUCUGGUUCGAUGUCUUCUGAACAUAUUUGGUGUAAUGUUGUUUUUGAGGUUGUCAUGGGUGACAGGGCAGUCAGGUAUUGGACUAGCAACUGUCAUUAUUGCCUUGGCCAGUACAGUAACCUCUAUAACUACAAUGUCAAUGUCCGCAAUCUGUACCAAUGGAGAGGUAAAGGGAGGUGGGGCGUACUAUAUGAUAUCAAGGAGCUUAGGACCAGAGUUCGGUGGUUCUAUUGGUGUAGUAUUUUCCAUAGCAAACGCUGUUGGUGCUGCUAUGUACAUUGUAGGCUUUGCAGAAACUGUCAGGGACAUUAUGUGGGAUCAUGAUGCGUAUAUCACAGGGGACAGUAUUAAUGAAGUUAGAAUCAUCGGACUAGCUACAAGUUGUUUGUGUCUGGCCAUAGUACUAAUUGGCAUGGAAUGGGAAGCGAAGGCACAGCUUGUCUUACUGGCUAUACUGAGUAUUGCUUUAAUCGAUUUCUUUGUCGGCACUUUUAUACCACCUGACGAUGAAAAGAAAUGGAAAGGUGUCGUAGGAUAUAAUGAUGAAACCUUUUCAGUGAACUUUGGUCCACAUUUCACGGAAGGCAACAGCUUCUUCUCCGUGUUUGCGAUAUUUUUCCCGGCGGCUACCGGCGUCCUAGCUGGUGCCAACAUUUCUGGAGACCUCAAGAAUCCAUCAAGUGCGAUUCCAAAAGGCACAUUUCUCGCCAUAUUGCUGACGUCACUCGUGUAUGUAGCAAUAGUAUGGUCCAUUGGUGGAUGUGCAGUUCUUACGGCGGUUGGCGAGAUUCUAACACCGGGAAUGUUAAUGGAUCCUGUAACCAACGCAACCAUUACCCCGACUUUAGACUUAGUGCAAAAUUGUGCGGCAUUUAAUCAAUCCUGCAAGUCCGGACUUCUUUUAGAUAAUGGGAUGGUCGUAAUUGCGUCAGCAUGGAAACCACUUAUUUUGGCGGGAAUAUUCUCAGCAACAUUAUCUUCUGCUUUGGCAAGUAUGGUCGGAGCUCCAAAAGUGUUCCAGGCUUUGUCAAAAGACAAACUUUUCCCAUUUAUUCACAUUUUUGCAAAGGGAUAUGGUCCAAGUGAGGAACCAAAGCGAGCAUAUAUUUUAUGCUUUGCUAUUUGCUCAGCAAUGGUUUGUGUGGGCUCUCUCGACAUUAUUGCACCGAUUAUUUCCAACUUCUUCUUGACGGCAUAUGCGAUGAUCAACUUUUCAUGCUUCGAUGCUUCAAUGGCCAAUUCUCCAGGAUUUAGACCCGGCUUCAAGUAUUACAGCAAAUGGUUAAGUCUUAUUGGAUCCCUGUUAUGCAUUGCCGUAAUGUUCCUGAUCAAUUGGUGGGCGGCGCUGGUCACGUUUUUGAUUGUCGCUGGCUUAUACUUUUACGUAUUUCGGACAAAGCCAGAGGUAAACUGGGGAUCAUCCACGCAGGCAAACGCAUACAAAGAUGCCCUUAGAUCAUCGUUAAAAUUGAUCAACGUUGAUGACCACGUGAAGAAUUAUCGUCCUCAGUUACUCGUGCUGUCGGGGUAUCCAAGAAACCGGGCAAAUCUCGUGGACUUUGCGUCAACGAUCACUAAGAAACAAAGUCUUCUGGUUUGUGGUCACGUGUUCCAGGGUGACUUUGAACAACACAUGACAAGAGUUCGGUCCAUGUCCGCGUACAGGUGGUUUGAAAACAAAAAGAUCAAGGCAUUUUACAACUGUGUGUGUGCACCAACAUUUAGAAUAGGAGUGCAAGUUCUUCUGCAGGCUGUUGGUGUGGGGAAAUUACGGCCGAAUACGUUACUACUUGGUUACAAGAACGACUGGCAAAAGACAGAUCCUCUAGAAGUUCUUGACUACUUUAACGUCAUACAAAAUAAAGUUCCAGAUAAUAUUCUAGAUCUAGACAGUCCUGAAUUAUUUGAUUCUGAUGAAGAACCGGAAGACGAUGAUGACGAAACUGUUGAGGAACCGGAAAAAGACGUUCGUAAAGAAUCAAACAGUAUACCAAGCUCUGUUGUUGAGAGAAAAGAUAGGAACAACAAAACCAACAACAUCCGUUUGAUAAGGUUACAAACGCUAGAGGAAGGAGUGGAAAAUGCCGCAUUUGAGGAUCCACAUGUAUCUGAAUCAAAACCUACAAUCACCCCUUCCUUACUCUCACAAGAUGUACCCGAAAAACCGCCGACAAAUUUCAGAGAUAAACAAUACGGAACCAUAGAUGUCUGGUGGCUUUACGACGACGGAGGUCUCGCACUUUUAUUGCCGUACAUUUUACACAAAAGUAAACAGUGGAAACAUUCAAAAUUACGCGUCUUUUGUCAAGGAACGAAGAAAGGGGACAUCACUGAAGAUCGAGCCAAAAUGGCCUCAUUGUUAGCUAAAUUUCGUAUUGAAUAUUCGGAGCUGACGGUCGUGACGGAAUUAAACAAGAAGCCUCAACUAUCAACUUACAGAGAGUUUGAGAGUCUCGUGCAACAAUGGCGUGUAAAACCUGGUGAAUUUCAGGAAGAAUUCCCGUUGAGAAUUGCAGAUACAGACCUUAUUGAACAUAAACAAAAGACAUACCGACAUCUUCGUAUCCGUGAGAAACUUCUAGAGCAUUCCAGAGACGCUUCUCUUGUUGUCAUGACACUACCAGUUCCUCGGAAGACUUCUUGCCCGGCUGGUUUAUACAUGGGUUGGUUGGAAAUACUAACAAAAGGACUGCCACCUACCCUUCUACUGAGAGGAAAUCAGGAAAGCGUCCUAACUUAUUAUUCCUAGUUCUUAAACGGACCAUAUUUUCGGCCAGUAUGAAUGUUUUGUCAGAUUAUAGACCUUAACAUGUGUUCUUUUAAUGCAGUUUUUUCGUGUUAUCAUAGUGUACUUAAAUCAGAGAAAGAAAACUGAAGAAGCCUGUGAAGUGUUUAUAAUCGACAACUAUUUCUUGCUAGUUCUAAAACGAACUUUUCAUUUCAUUCUACAAAUUUCAUGGUAUCAUAGUUUUGUUGACAAUAAGCAUUCUCAAGAAAUAUUUUCAACCAGUUUGAGUUUAAGCAAAUGUUCGUAAGCAAAAUGGCAUUGUAAUUCCGUGGUUUAAGUAUGUAUAUAUUUAAAUUUAUUUUAUUUGUCAUUUAUUAGAAAAAAUGAAACUGUAAAUAUUUAGACACGUCUCUGUGUCGUUCGAGUUCGCCUGUACUUCGUUGUUUUUCACAAA